AUGUCAGACAACACUCCCCCACCUCUUGAUAGUGUCCAUCCGACGGACACCUCUCCGCGCACAGAAAACGAACUGCCUCCCCGGCCCCCGUCGCCGCCGGUGAAAACGACCGCCCCUCAAACAAUGGCUGCCGUUAACCAUGAGGAGAUGGCUCAGCUGGAGAGAGUCCUGCAGUCGGAUAUUGGAAUUUCAAUCCUUUUAACCAGGUUGAAACAAACUAUCGCAUCCACCAGGGACUUCUCAAGUUUUCUUCGCAAGCGAUCCAGCCUCGAAGAGGAACAUGCACAAGGUCUCAAGAAGCUCGCUCGUACCAUGCACGACUCCGCCCACCGCUUCGAAAACCGCCAGGGCACCCUCGCAACUAGUUGUGACGAGAUACAUCGUAUCUACGACCGCAUGGCCGAUCAUGGCCUUCAGUUUGCGAUCUCCCUGCUCCAGAUAUCAGAUGACUUAAACGAGUUGGCUGCGGUUAUGGAACGCGGCCGGAAGCACUGGAAGCAGACCGGCCUGAGCUCGGAAAAGCGUGUACAAGAUGCAGAAAUCAUGGCGGAGAAGGCAAAGGCGAAAUACAAUUCUCUCGCUGAACAGUAUGACCGGGCGAGAACGGGGGAUAGCCACCCCGGUAAAUUCGGCUUGAAGGGCCCCAAAUCCGCGGCCCAGCAUGAGCAGGAUCUCUUGCGUAAGGUCCAGAAUGCGGAUGCGGAUUAUGCGGCCAAGGUCCAAUCUGCCCAGAGCCAGAGGAAAGAACUUACCACUUCGCUGAGGCCGCAGGCGGUGCGUGCAUUGCAGGAUUUGAUUUCGGAAGGCGAUUCGGGGCUUGGGCUUCAAAUGCAGAAAUUUGCUAUGUUCACAGAAAAACUUUUGCUUGGGAAUGGCCUAUGCGUGAGCCCAUUGAGAAACAUCCCCCCUGUCAGUGGUGCCGAGUUCAAGAGCCUACGUGACGUUGCCUAUGAAGUGGACAACGAAGGGGAUUUUAAGUCUUAUGUCUUGAGCCAUUCGUCAAAGAUUGCAUCGGGUGUAACAGAGAUCAGAUACGAAAGGCAUCCAACACUCACGGCACCUCCGCAGCCAACUCCUAUCCAGACAACCAGUCAGCACCCGGCCGCAGCGCAGCAAUUCCCUGGCCCCACCCACAGUCCAACCUCUCCCAAGUCUGCUUCGACCCAAUCCCAGCAUCAACAACCUCCAAUGAUGUUCUCGGCCCCACCACCACAUCAACCGCUCAUGCAACACCAUGAACAGUACGGCAUGCACCCACAAGCACCAGUGCCCACGCAAGUGCCCCCCCCACAACAACAGUAUACAGGACAGAGCCCCGUCCAGAUGCCGACGCCCUACCAGCCUUAUCCGCAGGCGCCAGCACCACCCCCCCAGGAACGCCAGCUGGGAGGCAGGAACGGGUAUAAUACAGAUCUGCCGCCGCUCAAACCAGUAUUUGGUGUUUCAUUGGAAGAACUGUUCCAGCGAGACGGAACUGCCAUUCCCAUGAUCGUGUACCAGUGCAUCCAGGGCAUUGAGCUUUUCGGGCUUAAUGUUGAGGGCAUCUACCGUCUCUCCGGCAAUGCGAGUCACAUUGCGCAUUUGAAAGCUUUGUUUGAUAAUGAUUCCUCCCAAGUCGACUUCACAAACCCGGAAAAUUUCUUCCAUGACGUCAACAGCGUAGCUGGGCUGCUGAAGCAGUUCUUCAGAGAACUUCCGGACCCGUUGUUUACCAAUAAGCACUAUUCAGAUUUCAUCACUGCGGCCCAACGCGAAGAUGAUAUCCAACGUCGUGACGCCUUGCAUGCCCUUAUAAACAAUCUUCCCGACCCGAAUUAUGCUACACUCCGUGCCUUAAUUUUGCAUCUCAACCAUGUGCAAGAGCGGUCUACAGAGAACAGAAUGAACGCAGGCAAUAUUGCCAUUAGUUUUGGUCUGACCCUGAUGGGCUCAAAUGCGGGUCACAACAUUGCGGACUCCGGCUGGCAGGCGCGGGUCAUCGAGACCAUUCUGCAAAAUACGUUCCAGAUCUUUGAUGAGGAUUAG